CUAAAGCAGCUUGUGAAUUUUCUUAGUUGUCAUGGGCCCUUGGGGGUCGAUCGGGUGGCACUGCUGACUCACAGAGGAGAGGACAGGAGACACAUGAAGAAACAAACUAAACAAGACAAAACACGCAAGUGACAAGAAGUAACUAAGGACAACAAGGCUUUUAUAAGUAACAGCGCAAGAGAAACAGAGAGUGAGGGGACACACAGGGUGAGCGCCUCUUCCGCAGGGGAGACAGUCUUCAGAGUGUUGCGUCCACGCAGCAGAGAGAGAGAGAGAGAGAGUCCAUCAUCUAUCCAUCCAUCCGUCCAUCCAUCAGUCCAGCCAGUGAGGAAGAGGCACAGACAUGAAGAGACCUCACGACUACAGCUCCCCAGACUCGGACACAGACGAGUUUAUUGACGUGGGACAAGAAGACGGCUAUUGCCCAGUCACCGGGUCCAUGUCUCCUGGCAGCGCCUCACAGAUUCUGGCUCGAAAGAAGAGAAGAGGGAUCAUAGAGAAGAGGCGCAGAGACCGGAUCAACCACAGCCUGUCGGAGCUCAGGAGGCUGGUGCCCAGUGCUUUCGAGAAACAGGGUUCAUCUAAGCUGGAGAAAGCAGAGAUCCUGCAGAUGACCGUGGACCACCUCAAACUCCUGCAUGCCAUGGGAGGAAAAGGUUACUUUGAUGCGAGGGCCCUGGCGGUCGACUACAGGACGUUGGGCUUUAGGGAGUGCGUUGGAGAGGUGGUGCGGUACCUCAGCUCCCUUGAUGGGGAUUCCCCGGACCCUAUAGGAGCCCGUCUGGUCUCCCACCUUUCCCACUGUGCAAGUGAGCUCGACCCCCUUCUCCUACAGUCGCCCCCGGCCUCCGCCCUGCCAUUUCCUCCGUGGCCGUGGGCGUCCUUCCCUCAGAUCUCCCCCAACUCACCAGCCUCCUCCUCACCUCCUUUCCCCAGUGGGGGGCGAAGGGAUCUGGCCCUGAUGGGGAGCUACCCGUCGCCUGCCUCCCUCCGCCUCGGCCCCCUGGCCGGCUGCCAGCAGGGCGUACCCCAGCUCCUCACCCCCACAGCCCUGGCUACCAUUCACAGGUUGCCCUCCCUCGCAGCGUCGGCGUCCCUAGCCCCCUCCAGACCAACCCAGGCGUCGCCUCACAACGCCACCAGGGCCUCCCCUCUUCACCUCCCCACCCCUUCCUCUUCCUCUUCCUCUCCUUCUACCUCCUCCUCCUCUUCUAUUUCCUCAUCUUCUGCCUCACUGCAAGUCUCUUUCAGGCCCUUCGCGCCGCUGGGGUCUCCCACAGCUCAGAGCAGGGGCUUGAGCGGAGCAGCCAAGGCGGCCCAGGGAUGGGGGACCGAGAUAGGAGCUUUCUGAAGCUCAAUUCUGGUUUUGUUCUCCAAAUGAACUCUGUACAGUGGACAUGGAGCUCCCACUUGCACCAUGUAGCAAACACGAAGCCGUUGAAGAAAGACCUUUGAUGAUUGUCUCUGCUUCUGAGGGGACUCUAAAAGCCAUAUCAGACUGUGGGUGAAGUGUCAGAUAAUCACAAACAAUCAUAUAUAAUGGAACAAUGAAGGAAUGUGAAAAAAUAGAAGAUUUGAAUAAAUUCACAAUCUUGCUUGACAAAUACACACAUACACAGUGUUCA